ACCCGUGCAUCCCGCCUAACGACGUCUGUGCACCGCGGUUGGCUGUCGCCGUGGCCGUGCACCUCCCGCGGGCGGUGCUGCCGGAAGCCCCUCCCGGGGCCGCGGCUCGGUGGCUGGCUGGCCGCGGCUGUCACUCCGGGGCGUUUUCCCCGGCCGGCGCUCAGCUGGGGCGGAGGAAGAGGCGGCCAGGGCCUGCCGAGCCGUUGCAUUCUUCGCGGCUGCUAUGCCCAGGGAGUGCAGCGCCCUCCGCAGCUCCGCGCAGCCCUAGAGGCAGCCGAGCGCCCGCCGACGCCACCCGGAUCCCCGGUGCCACCGCUACCCCGGUCCCGCAGCUCCCGCGGAUCCUCCGGCGCUGCCUGUGAGGCCAGGCGGAGGCAAGAUGAAGAUGACGGUGGAUUUCGAGGAGUGUCUGAAGGACUCGCCCCGCUUCAGGGCCGCUUUGGAAGAGGUAGAAGGAGAUGUGGCUGAGCUGGAAUUAAAACUCGACAAGCUUGUGAAACUUUGUAUUGCAAUGAUUGACACUGGCAAAGCCUUUUGUGCUGCAAAUAAACAGUUCAUGAAUGGGAUUCGAGACCUGGCCCAGUAUUCUAGCAAUGAUGCUGUGGUUGAGACAAGUUUGACCAAGUUUUCUGACAGUCUUCAGGAAAUGAUCAAUUUUCACACAAUUCUGUUUGACCAAACUCAGAGAUCAAUUAAGGCCCAGCUUCAGAACUUUGUCAAAGAAGAUCUUAGAAAAUUCAAAGAUGCCAAGAAGCAGUUUGAAAAAGUCAGUGAAGAAAAGGAGAACGCACUAGUAAAAAAUGCCCAAGUUCAAAGAAACAAACAGCACGAGGUUGAAGAGGCCGCAAACAUUCUCACCGCCACGCGAAAGUGCUUCCGGCACAUAGCACUCGACUACGUCCUGCAGAUUAAUGUGCUUCAAUCAAAAAGGAGAUCGGAAAUCCUGAAAUCAAUGCUGUCCUUCAUGUAUGCUCAUCUGGCCUUCUUCCAUCAAGGGUAUGACCUGUUCAGUGAGCUUGGGCCCUACAUGAAAGAUCUUGGAGCACAGUUGGAUCGACUGGUUGUAGAUGCAGCAAAGGAAAAAAGAGAGAUGGAGCAAAAACAUUCUACGAUCCAGCAGAAGGCUGCAUUACAGGAUUUUUCCAGUGACGAUUCCAAGCUAGAGUAUAAUGUAGACGCUGCAAAUGGCAUUGUCAUGGAAGGGUAUCUGUUCAAACGAGCCAGCAACGCCUUCAAAACCUGGAACAGGAAAAAGCCCGAUCACAUCAGACGCUGGUUCUCCAUACAGAACAAUCAGCUGGUUUAUCAGAAAAAGUUUAAGGACAGCCCCACUGUGGUGGUGGAAGACCUCAGGCUCUGCACAGUGAAGCACUGCGAAGACAUCGAACGGCGGUUCUGCUUUGAGGUCGUCUCUCCAACAAAAAGUUGUAUGCUCCAGGCAGAUUCCGAAAAGCUUCGCCAGGCCUGGAUUAAGGCUGUUCAGACCAGUAUUGCAACUGCUUAUAGAGAAAAGGGCGAUGAAUCAGAGAAACUGGAUAAGAAGUCGUCUCCAUCAACAGGAAGCCUAGAUUCUGGAAAUGAAUCCAAAGAGAAGUUACUGAAAGGAGAAAGUGCUCUGCAGCGUGUCCAGUGUAUCCCUGGCAACACCAGCUGUUGUGACUGUGGUCUGGCAGACCCACGGUGGGCCAGCAUCAACCUGGGCAUUACCUUGUGUAUUGAGUGCUCUGGGAUUCAUCGGAGUCUUGGGGUUCAUUUUUCAAAAGUGAGAUCUUUAACUUUAGACACUUGGGAGCCGGAGCUCUUAAAGCUUAUGUGUGAAUUGGGGAAUGAUGUUAUAAAUCGUAUUUAUGAAGCUAAACUGGAAAAAAUGGGAGUAAAGAAACCACAGCCAGGACAAAGACAGGAGAAGGAGGCAUAUAUCAGAGCAAAAUAUGUGGAGAGGAAAUUUGUGGAUAAAUACUCUACGUUGCUGUCACCUUCUGAGCAGGAGAAAAGGCACAUCUCCAAGAGCUGUGAGGACCAGAGGCUGAGCCAUGCCAGAGCGUCUGUCCACACCCCAGUGGCUGCUGUAAAUAGCGACGAGGCCAGGCGGGAGUCUCUGUUCUGUCCUGAUGAGCUAGAUUCACUCUUCUCCUACUUUGAUACUUCUUCAAAACUGCGUAGUAUCAAAAGUAACGACAGUGGGAUCCAGCAGUGCUCUGAUGAUGGGCGAGAGGCUUUCCCUUCCACUGUAUCCGCCAACAGCUUAUACGAGCCCGAAGGAGAAAGGCAAGAGUCUUCGGUGUUUCUUGACUCUAAACAUCUUAAUCCAGGACUACAGCUUUAUAGGGCUUCAUAUGAAAAAAACCUUCCCAAAAUGGCUGAAGCUUUGGCUCAUGGUGCAGAUGUGAACUGGGCUAAUUCUGAUGAAAACCAAGCAACACCACUCAUUCAGGCUGUAUUAGGGGGCUCUUUGGUGACAUGCGAGUUCCUGUUGCAGAAUGGUGCUAAUGUGAACCAAAGAGAUGUCCAAGGGCGGGGACCUCUGCACCACGCCACCGUCUUAGGACACACAGGACAGGUAUGUUUAUUCCUCAAGCGAGGUGCCAAUCAACAUGCCACUGAUGAAGAGGGGAAGGACCCUCUGAGUAUAGCCGUGGAAGCAGCCAAUGCUGACAUAGUUACCCUGUUACGCUUAGCAAGAAUGAAUGAGGAAAUGCGGGAAUCAGAAGGACUUUAUGGACAGCCAGGUGAUGAAACUUACCAGGAUAUUUUUCGUGAUUUUUCUCAAAUGGCAUCCAAUAAUCCAGAGAAACUCAAUCGUUUCCAGCAAGAUUCACAGAAGUUCUGAUCCCUUUGAAAGGGGGAAACUAUGAAAUUUGGUGAAUUUUUAACGUAUACAACCAGAAACUCAUACCUUUUUUUUAACUACUUUAAUUCUACUUAAUUUUUCUACGUAGACAUUGAAUUGUUUGGAAAAAAUGGUACCCGUUCAUUUUGGAUUUUUGUAGAUGAAAACAAGAUCUCUCAUAAUUGGGAAAGGGAGAAAUCUCAAUAGGUCCUCUUUUAUUUAAGAAGAAAAAAGCCUCUUUAAUAGGUUGUUCUUUUAUAUAAAGUUGUAUCCAGAUCUAAGGCAUCUCUAGGUUCUGAGGUGCUACAUUGCUAAGCCACUCCGUCCUUGCCAUGCAUGGGUGGAACUCUGGUUCCGCUGGGAACGUUCAGUCACCAUGGCUGCAUCAAAUGGGAGCCCGUUAUCUUACCUGCUUGGAGGAUGUGUCUGUUCUAUAGCUGUCCUUAUAAUAGUCAGUAGUUCAGACAUAAGUAUGUGUGUUUUCUGGUAGCUUAGCUGUGGCACCCACAGUGUACAACGCCAUUGUAGGACCAGCGAGUUUGUCCCUUGCUCACUCAGAGGUGCCGUUGGCCUCCAGUCUCCCAGCAGCAUGGCUGCUGUGUGAGUGGACCACACUUUACUCUUUAGGUUUAUUUCGUCUUAUGGUGAAAAGAAGCUCUUACUGUUUUCUUUCUUCAAUCACCCAAGAAUCCUAGCUCAGUUUUUGUUGUUCAGGUUGAUUUCCGGGAGCCUUGACAGAUCGUCAGUAUAAUAAAACCGGGUUUCAAAAGUUGACUAUUGCGGAAUUGGGCUUUCAUCAGAACACGGUGAUGUCAAAGAUAAUAUUUUAGGGCAUUUUUAUAUUUGGAAUUAAUCCAUUUUCAGAUAUAUAUUUUUUACCGUUGUUACUCCUGGUGAAAGAAAAAUCUCCAUGUAAUGGAAAAAGAAAGCUAAUUUUUUUCCUGUUUAUACUAAAAUUUACCAGCAAUAAAGUCCUUUUAUUUUUUUCUACAUUUAUCUUAUGUACUAUACAACAGUAUACAUUCUUUUAAAUUGUAUCUUGUAUAUAGCUUUAGAAUUAAGAGAAAUAAGUCAUUUUGAGUUCCAAAAUUAUGCACAUGUGAUAUAGUUUGUCCAGUCCCACCUCUGAUUGAUGUCUUGUCGAAGGACAGGAUGAAGGAGCGACUGCCUUGUAGCUCCUUGCCAGCCCUGUUGAUUAUGCUUACUCUUUACAAGCUGUUUGUAAGUAGUGUUGAUACUCAGCUUCACAGAAACAUUUUGAAAUGUAUGUAAAAUUAUAGUUAAUUAAGUAAAAACUUUAACAUUUCCCCCCACAGUACAUAAAGCCUUAUUUUAAUUAAAUAUAAAAUCAGAAUCUAAGUAGAAAUUAUAUUGAAAUAAAUUUGCCACCCAGAUUAGGUCCCAUAGUCUGGCCAAGUUGCAAGCAUGUGAUGCUUAUUUAGUAAGCUACUGCACAUUAAGGAUAAGAAUCCAUUGUGAUUUAUUUCUGAGCAAGUGUGAGCUUUCACAGGGUGAAAGGAUUUUGUCUUUGCUGUCUCAAUCCAGACUUGCAGGUCAUCUGGUCUUGUAGGCAUUUAGAUAAAGGUAAAGGUAUCAUUUGUGAUAUUUUAAUUGGUAUGUAUUUUAAAAUGUAUUGUCCUAAAACAUGUUCAAGGAAGAGAACCAGGCUAAAGAUAGGGAAGAAAGCCCGCCUCUCCUCCACGGUGGUCUUUGGUCACUCCUGGAGCUCCUGGCUUGUCUGUGAAGGUACAGGUGGGGCUCCCUUUGGUUCCACUGCCUGGGGCAGUUCCUCUGGACCUGCUGUCUCCCUGGCUGUGGCAAUCAGUGACUGCUGCCCUUUAAUGAGUAGAGUGUUUUUUUGAAAAAAAAAAAAAAGCCUUAAAGAUUCAAGUGAAAUGCCUUAAAGAUUAUUAUGGUUCUGAAUAUCUUUAGAAUUCAGAUUUAGCUACAUCACUUAGUACUGUGUAGAGGCUGGCAAUACAAGACUAUAUUGCUGUGGCUUACUUCAUUUUCUCAAUGUACUGACAAAUUGGAUGAGAGAAAGGACUGAAGUGUAGUGAUGCUUUUAAUGAAUAGUUUCAAAGGAGGCUGGCUCUUAGAGGAGUUCUGCUGAUAGCGUCCUGUGGCAUGUGGAAGUAUCCUAUGCAUUAGAGAGAUGAGCACACAGUGCUGGCGGGACACUCAGGCUGCUCGUUCUCACUGCCCUGCUGUCUCUCCAGGACGUUUCCAGACGUGCUGAUAAUAGCUUCACUCUUUAUUAUUCAUCUGUUAGUUCUUUUUCAUGCUCUUAUUGAUGUAAAAAUUGGGUUGCUGCCAAAAUAAGAAUAGAGCUGCUCUGAAGGAUUCAAAAGCACAGCUUUAACGUGGAUGUAGAUAAAGGUGAGCGAGCAGCUGUUCACCAGGAUUCAUUACAACAUGUUUAAGAUUUCCAAAAUUUCAAACUUAUUUUUAACACACCCUCGAAGAUUAAUUCCAGCAUUACAAUGUCUCUAACUGAUUGUGGCUAGUGUUCACUGUAGUUUAAUAAAUUCUGGUAUUUACUUCCCCCAAAGUAAUACAGCUCACAACUUAUACUUUAGUACAUCAAAGGUGCAUUUUGGGGGAAAAAAAAAAAAAUAUAUAUAUAUAUACUCAUAUUUUACAAAGUUUAAAUUUGUGAUCAUGUUAGCAAUAUUCAAAAAUAAAGUUGUCUGCAUAUUAGAUAUGAUUAUAAGCCAAGCUGUGUUUAAAACUAAACCACUACCCACUUUGAGUAUUGGGCAUUCCUAGAUCACCCAUUUAAAUUAACUCUUUGUGUGGUUGCAUUUUGAUUACUAGCAGGGCUAGAAAGUGAAUGGUGAAGCAAAGGGGACCAUAAACCUCCCUUUGUGCUUGUUAUGACUUAGGCUGGGCUUUCCCACCACCCUUUCUCUCCUGGUGUCAGGGGCGGACUUCCAAGACCGUGCGUGGUCUGUGACUGCCAGCCUCGUCUGUGGCUCCAUUCCUAGCCUCCUCCUCUUGUUUUGCAGAGAUGGUCACUUUGUUUACUAGUUGGAGGCAGAGCCAACCUGUGACCCAGGUCUGACAUAAGCUUCAAGCAUCUGUGUCCUGAAAGGAUUUGACAUCACUGUAAAACAGCAGCUUUCCCUGUCUUUGACAAGAGACUUCAAACACUUUGGAGAACCUCAUUAUGAAGUAUAAAGGAAUAGAUUGCAAUUUGAAAGCAUCUAAUUGUAGAAAAGUCUACAUUUUUUACAAUAGAAAACAUUAAUAAAAGGAAAAUCUUAGAAAGUUAAACUCACCAUUUAUUACCUCUGUAAUGUUUUUUAAUGAAAUAUAACUUUUAUUAUAUAGCUGGAUUCUGCCUGGCUGAGUCCUGCCACCUCCCAAGGUGAUUGUUGUGGGUAUCUUCUUCAGUUUACAUAGAGAGGGAUCAUGCGGACAAAGAAAGAUUCAAUUGAAUACACUUUUUUCUUCGCAUUGGUCUUCUCACUAUCUUAUUUUCUAGAUCUCUCAUUCCCCAACCUUAUAUGGGGUAUUAAUUAAUUUUUAACGGGGAAAGCUUGCUGUGUUAUCAUGGUUUUUAGCACCAUUUUACACGAAGGCUAAAGGUUAGCUUUUGGAAAUGACACGCUCCUUUAAAAUAUAUGUUUACUUGUGCUCUGUGAAAUUUCUGGAUCAUUCCGGUCAUCAAGGCUGAUCACAUGUACUAUUAUUUCUUGCUACCUGUGAAAAGGAUUGUAAGAAUGUAUAACCAACACUCCAUUACUUUUUAUUAGUAUGUAGAGAAUUUGUAUCUAAUUCAUGAAUGCAGUUUUACUGUAGUUUGUCAUUGUAAAUGGAGCAAAGUACAUUAUCUUUAUAGCUAUUCUAAAAUGUAUAUCAUGUAAGAAUUGUAAAUAUACUUGAUUACUUUGUAUGCUGAAAAUUUACAAUAUUAAGUCAAUAAAAAUAUCUCACUUCUGGCACA